AAACAAUAAUAUAAGGGAAAAAAAAACACCAUAAACACUCAAAACAGUCGACAGACAGCAGAGCCAACAAGACUACAACAAAGCACAAAAAAAAAAAAAAGAAAAAAAAAACCAGUGGAGAAAAUCUUCCCUCAAAUCUAUCUUUCCAUAGAUCUUGUGGGUGUGGAAGCAGUGCUGGGAUCUAUUUGAAAAAGGGUUUUUUUAAAUUCUUUUGGUGUUUAGGGAGUUUCAGAAAUGGCAACUCCUUAUCCCAUUCCAGUUACCGCUGCUCAGGUGGGAACGUAUUUUGUAGGGCAGUACUAUCAGGUACUUCAACAGCAGCCAGACUUAGUGCACCAGUUUUAUAGUGAUUCCAGUACCAUGAUUCGUGUCGAUGGCAAUAACAGAGAAACUGCUGCUGCAAUGCUGCAAAUCCAUGCCAUCAUUAUGUCGCUCAACUUCGCCGGGAUUGAGAUCAAGACAGCAUAUUCCCUUGAAUCUUGGAAUGGAGGUGUUCUAGUGAUGGUUUCGGGUUCUGUGCAAGUAAAGGAUUUCAGUUCCAGGAGGCAAUUUGUGCAAACAUUUUUCCUUGCACCACAAGAGAAGGGCUAUUUUGUUCUAAAUGACAUCUUUCACUUUAUUGAUGAGGAACAAAUUCACCACCAUCCAGCAGUCUUAUUAGUACAGCACAAUCUUGAUUCUAAAUUCAAUGCUUCAGCAACAAAUCCAGAACCAGUUUCAAACUAUUUGCUGGGUGGAGAUAUCCAGGGAAGGGAGUUUGUGGCUCUUGAUGAUGUUCAAGAAAAUGGUCCAGUUGACAAGUUUAGUUUCCCAGAGCAACGAUUGCAGCAAGCCCCAGAAUCUGAAAGCAUUGUGGAUAACAGUUCUGUGAAAGAGUCAAAUGGUUCACUUCUGCAUAUGGUGAAUACUGUCCAAGAGCAUCUGCCUCCUGUUGAGGAAUCUGUUGGGGAACCCCAGAAGCACACCUAUGCCUCUAUUUUAAGGGUUGCUAAAGGACAAUCUGCGCCAUCAGUUGCUCCUCAGAUUUCUAUUAACAAGAACACACCACCUGCUUCUGACUGGGACCACGCUCCCCAGCACAGUACCCAGCAACCUUUUGUCUCCUCAAAUCCUGUCGAAAGGUCUGGGGCUGAUAUGGCUGAGGAAGUUUCAGCCAUAGAAGAUGAAGGUGAAAUAAAAUCUGUUUAUGUAAGGAACUUGCCCUCUUCUGUGUCUGAGUCUGAAAUUGAGCAGGAAUUCAAGAAAUUUGGUGAGAUCAGUCCUGAUGGAGUUGUGAUUCGUAGUCGCAAGGAUGUUGGUGUCUGUUAUGCAUUUGUUGAAUUUGAAGAUAUGACAAGUGUCCAAAAUGCAAUCAAGGCAGGAGUUGCACAGGUUGCUGGACGAAAUGUGUACAUUGAAGAGCGGAGACCAAACAGCUUUAUCCCAUCUCGAGGAGGAAGGAGGGGUCGAGGCCGAGGCAGCUAUCAAACCGAUGCUCCAAGGGGGCGUUUUGGUGCUCGAAGUUAUGGCAGGGGGGGUGCCUAUGAUGGAAGUGAGCGAGACUACAGUAGAUCGAGAGGAAAUGGUUUUUACAGGCCAACUUCUCGCCAAGACAGGGGUUUAUCUGGCCAACAAGUAUCCAGAAUUGGACAAAGUUCAUAGAGCCAGCAUUCUUUUUAUCUUUUAUGAAGGGAUCAAACUUUUGGUUCCAGCCGCCACAAUUCAGCAUAUUUACCCUUUUGUUAGAUUCAACAACUAUAUAUUGGUGCUUUCAUUAGCUAGUUUUCUUGGAUGUGCUUGGAAUAGGAAUUACAUUAUUUUUGGAAAGGGCAUCCAUCAUACUUAAUUUGUUCUUUCAACAUUUAAAUAGGCAAUAUGUUUGCAAGUUUUGGGCACAUUUCUUUUUACUAAUGGCCUGCCUCAUAAGUUGGGUCUAUUUAUUCAAUAACAAUCCCCACAGGUCUUCCUGCUUGAUCCUUC